CCCAACACUAGCCUUAACCAUUAUGUAGGCCUUGGGCAAGCAGACUACCAUUCAUAGUGCUUCUAGUUUCAAUUCCAUAAACGAAAUUUUUUAUUUAUUCACUAGGAGCCGAAAAAUCGGAAUGGUUAUACUAAAUUUAUCUCAAGAACCCCCUCUUGUCCAGGCAAUAUUCAAAGGAAAUCUUAAUGAAAUAGAAAGCCUUCUGAAGGAGAAUGUUGACAUUAAUUAUCAAGAUGAUGAAAAACGUAGCCCACUGCAUGCCUCUGCAUAUAAAGGAAAUGCAAGUAUUACAGAGUUUCUUUUGCAAAAAGGGGCCAGAGUGAAUAUUAAAGAUUCUAAAUGGCUUACACCCUUACAUCGAGCUUGCAGAUCAGGAAAUGAUGAUACAGUUCAAGUAUUACUCAAAUACAAUGCUGAUACUAAUGCUCGUGAUAAAAACUGGCAAACCCCAUUGCACAUAGCUAGCUGUAAUAAUGGCUACAAAUGUGCCAAAACAUUGCUGGCGGUAUCUCCCACAGUAAAUGUUUCAGAUCGGUCUGGCUGUACUGCACUUCAUCAUGCCUGUUUCAAUGGUCAUAGUGAUCUAGUAGAGCUUUUGAUUCAACAUGGAGCUUCGUUGAAUGCAUUUGAUAAAAGAGAUAGACAGGCACUACACUGGGCGUCAUACAUGGGUCAUACGGCUGUUGUGAAAAUCUUACUUCAGUUUGGUGCCGAAGUGAACAUACGAGACAAGGACCUGUAUUCGCCUUUGCACGCGGCCGCUGCAAGUGGCCAAGUUUGUGUGGCACAACAGUUACUGGAAGCUGGGGCUGACCGCAACGCUAAAAAUUCUUUCGGAAACACACCUUUACACACAGCGUGCCUUAAUGGGCACGAACUGGUGUGCCAAGAAUUUGUGGCCUCGGGAGCCCUCAUCAAUGCCUUAAAUGUUGCAGGGCAAACUCCAGUUCAUAUUGCUGCUACCGCAACAAAUGGGGAGCAAUGCCUAACUCAUCUUAUAGAUCAACAAGCAAAUAUAAAUCUUCAAGCUAAAGAUGGGCGCACCCCGUUACAUAUGACUGCCAUUCAUGGACGGUUUACCAGAGCACAGAUGCUUUUGGAUCGCGGAGCGCUCGUUGAUAUUGGAGACAAGGAAGGUUGCACUGCCCUACAUAUUGCAGCUGCACAUGGCCAUGAACUGUUAAUCGGUGUGCUUCUCAAAUUCGGGGCCGACCCUAGCCGAAAAGGCCGUUGUGGUAUGACUCCAAUGCAUCUGGCAGCCUUGAGUGGAUAUGUUGAAUGUUGCCGAAAACUACUUCAUGUGCGCGGCGAAUUGGAUACCCAAGAUGAUUAUGGCAGAACGUGCCUUCACCUCUGCGCAUAUAAAGGAAACGCAGAAUGCGUUGAUUUAUUAAUUAGUAGUGGAGCUGACUUUAAUGUGAUUGACUCUUUUGGUCGAAUUCCCCUGCAUUAUGCUGCAAGUCAAGCUCAUUACCAAUGCGUAUAUACUUUAGUAAGUGUGGGAUCCAGCAUAAGCUUAAUAGAUUCGGCAGGUGCAACAGCCCUCCACUAUGCGGCUGCCGCUGACGUGGAUGGCAAAUGCGUUGAAUAUUUACUUAGACGCAAGGCAAAUACCUCCACCCUGGACAAACAAGGCUACUCGGUGCUUCACUAUGCUGCAGCAGGCGGGCACGAUGGAGCGUUACAUGUGCUGCUGAACGAGUUUUCAGUUUCUAAUAGCGGUGGGUAUGCAAAUGAACCGUUGAGCAUAUCCCCACUACAUUUGGCUGCUUACAAGGGCCACAGAAAAGCAGUGACGACGCUUGCUGCCAUAAGCUCUGAUGUUAAUGUGACUGAUUCAAAUGGAAGGACGCCGCUGGAUUUAUCGGCUCAAUUUGGUCAUGUAGAAUGUAUAAAUGCCCUGAUGGAGUACGGCGCUCAUCCGGUUGCUCAACCCGGAACCCUUCGAACUGCUAUUCACCGAGCGGCAGCCAACGGACAUUUUGCAUGUCUGCAACAGCUUCUUGAUAGGCAUAUGGAGCUUGUGGAUGUACGGGAUUCGCAAAAUCGAACGCCGUUAAUGCUUGCCGUCCAACACGCAAGUGAAGGACGGAAGCAAUCAACUGACAUUUUGUUAGCUUACGGCUCUGUUGUAGACCUUUUCGACAACAACGGCAGAACUGCAUUGCAUUAUGCUUCAUGUCGAGGGUCCGAAGACUGUGUUACUUCGUUGUUGGAUGCCAAAGCCUCACCAUACCAGAAGGACCACUUGGGCAAAACACCAUUUCACCUUGCAGCGGCUGCGGGAAAUGUAAACGUGCUGAAACAGUUGCUGUCGCAAGACAACGAGCCUUUAAAUGGUUUGAAGCUGCUCGAUAAUGAGCACUACACACCCCUUCAUUGGGCAGCUUACAAAGGUCACGAAAAUUGUGUAGAAGCAUUAUUGGAGCAUGAUCCAAGCUCAACCUCAGUUGGAAACCAGUUCACGCCUCUUCAUUGUGCCGUCUCUCAAGGAAACGAAUUGUGCGCUGCCGCUUUAUUGGAACAUUAUGGACCAUCGGCCGUCCAGGCAAAAGACAGACGAGGUCAAACAGCUGUUCAUGUGGCCUCUGCUUGUGGAUCAACUGACAUGUUGUUGCUUCUUCUCAACUACGUUCCUGAUUUGAAUGCCCAAGAUGCCCGCCAACGAACACCCAUAAUGCUAGCAGCCAAGGGCCAUACGUGCGUCCUAGAAUUGCUACUCACCCAGUGUGUCGAUCUGUCGAAGCGUGAUCGAAAUGGAAAUACGGCUUUACACCACGCCUGCCUCGCCUCUGCCGAAUCUGCUGCCCUGAUGCUUCUAGAGAGAAUAACCGAACCUGAGUUGAUUGAUGCAGCAAACUCUGACCUAAGAACGCCGUUGCAUAUUGCCGCGAGAAAUGGACUGGUAGCAGUCACUCAAACGUUGCUUGAAAAGGGAGCGUCGGUCACGGUAAUUGAUGUGAACGGAUACAACCCUGCCUUAUCCUGCGCACCGAAUGCUAGAGUAGCCGAUUGCCUUUCAAUGAUUAUUCAUAUCAUGAUUGAUUCUGUCCGCACCAACGGAAGGAGAUCGAGUUCUCUCAACUUGUCUUCUUUAAGCCUAGCCAACAGAAAGACGCAAGAUUUUAACGCUGGACGAACAGCUCAAACAGCCUCUCCUGGAGAGGAAGAUGAAGACAAUGAAGAUCGGGAGUCUUAUUCAAUCCGAAGUUCAGACUCGGAAUUUUAUUGAUUUGUUAGAUCGCUAGUGCGAGGGCAACGUACGUCAAUAUUUCUCCCAGUUGAUGAGGAUGAAUUGAAGUGUAACGCGUGAUAGUGUACUUUUCUUCAGGUUGCAUUCCAUUUCAUGUUGCUUUCUUAUGGCGUAAUCUUCAACAAAAUUUCGACGUGAUUCAGUAUGUGAUUAAUGCCUGCAAUUCACUUUCUUCCUAUUAUCUCCCCAAUGUUUAACGCCCGCAGCACGUUUCCUUGAUUUCAUUCCAUUGGGUGCCAUUCCACUUAUGGGGUAUUCACGUUCCAGUAAUUGUCGCCUAGCGGUUGUACAAUUCCCAUUCGGAAUUGAUUUUUAUUCGAAUAUUUACAUGGAAAUAUUCAAUUACAUUCAGCUUGUAAGAAACUUAGUUU